GUCCGCGGUCACACUGCAGACGCGCGUCGCAUUGCCGCCAUUUGAAAAAAACGAGAAAAAAAGGAAUUUGUUUAAAUUUGUGUAGAUUCUCAUUUGUGCCAAAUGGAUGAUAUGUUGGAUAUAUUGGAGCCGCUGUCGCGGAUGCAGCUGAAACUGGAGGAAAUCCGGAAGGCUCACUUUAAAGAGCUGGAAGAACUAUUCUACGGCGUCAAGACCAAAGAUGCCAAGGCUGCGGACAAUGCCCCGGCGCAGAGCGAAACCUCCGCGGUGACACCACAGCAGACCCAGAAGCGUCCCAAACGGCUGACCGCUCUGACUGACAACACAGAUGAUUCCCAAGGUGAGUUGUGCUGUGGGCUAAAAGAGACCAAGACUCACCUUGCACUCUCCCCAGAUGCCCCCGAUGUCACGGCAGAGUCCUCGGGCCGCCAAAGUGCGCGGUUGAGCAACUCCCAGCUUUUGGCCAUUGCCGAGGUGGAGAACCUGAACAGCAUAGCCUCGUUAAUGCCGCCGCUACCGGCACCGACUCUAGCCGACACCACCAUGAGCUCGGGCCGGCCGCAGCGGGCUGCCAAAUUGAAAACGGGAAAGCUGCUCAAGGAGCCCUCUCUCAUCCGAAAGAUGCGUCGCCCCAGCGAAAUGGAUUCGAUCCGGGUGAAGGUGGAGAGCGAACAGCGCGUCUCGCAGGUCAACGGCAGGACGCACAACAUAGCACCGGAUCCCAAACCGUCAGUUGUGGAGGAGACACAGCCACAGGAGCCACCACCAACACUACCAAUAGAGCCCAUCAAGAAGCCAGCCGAAGUCUUCGCCUCCAAGAAUGUGUGCGUCAAAGUCAAGCGGGAGAAGUUUACCGGCGAGAUGCCGCCGCCCCUACCGGCCACAGAUACCACAUCCACAAUUUUGGAGACGGAUGCUACCAGGUCGGAUGAGACUGCAUUCAGCAAUACUACAACGGCAUCCGAGAUGUCCAAGAAGGGGCGAAAGAAGAAGAAGGAUGGCGCCUGCCAUCGGCCCAUCAAGGUGGAGCGAUUUAGUGAAAUUGAUAAAAACUCGCCCGUCUCCUCGCGGACACGCAAAAACAGCACCGAGUCGCGCAACCAGGAGCGCUCCAUCUACAAAGACGCCCUCGAGGGGCCGCCCUUCGAAGAACAACAGCAGCAGGCUUCUGCUGGCGCCGCCAUUAAUGAAACGAACACCUUGUCCAACGCCACAAUGGUGCUGGGUCCGGCUCCCACCGAUGAAAGCCCCAACAUUGCACCGGCCGACGCCACCUUCGAAGUUAUUACUAGCAAGAAGGGGCCACCAAAGCCAGGGUCAGAGCCAAGGCGGGACAGUCUCCUGACAGAGGAUGAGUCGCUGGACGACAGGGUACCAGUGGCGAAAUUUCUCUCGAAUGUGAAGACCAUGAAGCUGCCCGGCCGCACCCAUGAGCUGUUUAAUCCGCUCUUGCAGAGUCCAGUGAAGAUGCGCGUGGAGGCCUUCGAAAAUGCGGCCAUUGCCCAGAGCAACUUACGCUCCCAGCGAGCCAAGGAUACGGGCACGAACACGAGCAACACGCCCAAGAUUGGCAAGUUGCAGCCACCGACUGUGGGGCGCUUUUAUACGCCCACUCAGACCUCAAGUCUAUUGCCCGUGAGCUCGGCCCAGCCCAAGAAGGGCCCCAUGAGUGCCUCGAAGGCAACGACGCUGCUGAAGACUGCCACCGGGACCAACCUGAAGUCCACCAGUUCUGCAUCCACCAAGAGCCUGUUACGCGAGAACAGCGGCGAAGACUUCCGCAAGGGUCUGCACAGCCUGGCCGAGGAGCGCAAGAAGCUGCGUGAGCAGAAGCAUCAGCAAGCCGCCCAGCAGCGAGAGGCAAAGGAGCGGGAGCGAACCGAACGCAUUGCCAAGCAGACCGCGGAACGCGCCAAGAAACAGGAGGAACGAAAGAAGCUGGAGGAGCGCAAGCGGCUGGAGGUUGAGAAGCUGAAUCGUAAGAUGCGCCAGCACGAGGAGGCCGAGGCCCUCAGGAAAGCCAAGAUCCGGGAGCUGGAGAAUCAGAAGCUGGCACAGUUGACCGGGGCCAAGAAGAAGAUUCUGCCACCGCCGCCGAAGACAAAAUACACAUGGGACAUGCUGCACGAGGAUGACUCCACCGAUGACGAGGGCAAGGUCACCCACAAGCGUCCGCCAGCACCCACCUGGAGUCGCAGCCAUGUACGCGGCGAAGCGAUUGCCAUGCAGAGCCACUGUCCCACCGAUGUCAUCGACAGCUUCUUCUCGGUGGCCCCCACCACUCCGGACCUGAAACUGAUUUUCCCCAACAUCGAUCCCAGCCAGCUGAAGCGCAACUCCAGCGUGCUCUGGUCCACGCCCCCACGCUACUCGGAGCUCCCAAAAUACUAGUUAUACACAAACACGUAUGUAUAUAAAAUAAUGCCCUGUUUUUUUUUCUGUUUUGUUCUAUGGAAAUAUAAAUGAAGUUUAAAUUAAAUAAAUGUAUUUGCGAAAAGUAAUGCAAGAUACCGCACGA